AUGUUGAGGUUCAUGAUGGGAAGAGUGACAGAGAUUUAUAAGAAACUUGAAGAGGAUUUUGGGGAGACAGUACUUUGUUCCCCAAAGUUUGAUCUGCAGACUGUACUUGCGGUAUCACCACUUCUGAUUGCUGCUUUUGCUGGUGUUAGAGGUGUUCCAUUAACCCCAAAUAAGAAGCAAACCAUGUUAGAAGUCCUCACACUGCCGCCUUCACGAGGGAUGAAACUAAGAAACUAUGGAACAAUGGUGUGCCUUCUUCCAGAUCAGACAUUCUUUCUAUCAAUUCAAGGAAGGUUAAAAUGA